AAUCAUUGAAGAGUAAUGGCGGACAGCGUGGAUCGAACGUAGCUCAGAGAUUCUAAGUUUUGUCAUUUUAUUACCCGAGGUUGUACCUUAUACUCUUCAAAAUGGUAUGUAAAAUUUGAACUUGUGGUUUUUUAGCUUCCAGGUAUACAUUUUUCCCUCCAAGGACCACUCUCUUUUUACCUAGUAUUCUAAAGAUGUUUUUCGUGCUGCAUGUUUUUCUCAGUGUGUAAACGAAUCAUUCAUUAACGGUUGUUUGUGUUUCUCUUUUAAAGGCAAGAAACGCAGAAAAGGCUAUGUAAGUUUAAUAUUUAAUUUUUAUGUUAACUUCUGCACUUACGGAAAAGAGAUGAAUCAUUGAAAUACUUGUUCAUAUCUAAUUACUUUAAAUGGAAUUCAGUGAGACAUGAAUUCAAACCAGCUAGCUUAGUAAACUAAAUAUGUAUUUGGUCCGCCUCCUCUAUGUGUCCAUGCUUUGAAGAUCGAGGCAUGGUAUGACCUUUCUUAAAUGAAAAGAGUUGCGGGGUAUUCUGAAGUUGGCAAGGGGAUCAUGGGGAUCAAUUUAGUAAUAAAUAUGUAUCGUUCCUCUAGGACCAUGCUUGCUCGCUGGUAUGACCUUCAAAGAAAAGAAGCAGGCAAGGGGAUCAAGGUAAUAGUUUCACUAUGUUGAUAUUAAAUUAGUCAGAGCUUUUAUUUUGCCUUCUAGCCAAAUAACCUCUAUGAUUACCCUUACCAUACUCAGAUUAUUUAGCUGAUUCAGACAAGAAAUUUUGUUACUUAAUUAAAAACCAGUCAAUGCACAACCUCAUUUGAAGAGUACUGCUAUAGCUCGAGUCAAUGUGCCCUCCCCUUAGAUACAAGCCCCUCUGUUUAUAAGCCCUCCUAAAACCCAUUACAAAGUUGUGUAAGCCCAACGCUUUUCAGCAGCAGUUUACAGUAUUAGCCCAUACACUGCCAUUAUGUCAAAAUACUUGCAACCAUAAUCAGAAUUUCUUUACUCGAAACAAUAAUUCUUAACUAUUCUGAGGGAUAGCUAACUUUUGACUGAGACCCUCAGUUGAAAGAAACUGUCUCUAACUUUGAGAACCUUGAAGAAAAUGUGUGACAAAAAAAUUUAAGAGACCUUCAGGUUUUCAAGGUGCUGUUCACAGUAUCCAGUUGUGUCUUAUCCACAGACUUUUUGUACUCAGUUGAUUCAUACUCAAAUUCAGACAAUUUAUACCUACUUUGAUUUGGUUCAUACCCAUCCAAAUGUCAAUCACAACUCAAGCUAUCUCAUGAAAUACCUCCUGUCUGAGUGGGUGAACAGAUGUCAAUUGCUGUGUACAGACCCCCACAUCGUUCAGUUUCAGGCCUUACAUAUGGUGUUUGGGCAUUCAAUAUGGAUGCCAUAUAAACAAAACCUAUGUAAUGCAAGUGAUAUUGCUGUUUAACAUAAGAAACCAACCUUACUUUAAACAAACUUUUGCGAGAUGAUUGAUAUAAUGUUUUUGACAUGUGAUUACAUUUUAUCUUUUGAAUGGUGGAUUCAUCAGGAACGAAGGCCAUUUCUAGCAACAGAAUGUGAUAAUUUACAAGAAGCAGAAAAGUGGAGGCAGCAGGUUUGAUGAUAAUAAUCAGUGCAGUUGAACCUCAAUUAUUUGGACUCAAAGGAACUGGGUUGAAUAGUCCAGAUAAUCUAGAGUCUGAAUAAGAAAAAAAUAAUAUGAGUAUUGAUGAACCAAGAUAAAAGGACAGUCUCAAACUAUUUUCCAUCAUUUCCAAAAUUUGCCAAACUAUUUAAAAAAACUUUCUUAAAAGCUGUAUUAAUGUAGUAGCAUCAACAUUUUCUCAGUGCUUCUGUUUUGCUUGAUGGGAGAAAAUUCUGGAUCCAGAAUGAGAGUGAUCAAUUUUUGUGAUAAAAUGGAACUAGAGAGUCCAGUUAAACAAAAGAUCUGGAGCAUCAAGGUCUGGAUAAUCAAGUUUUAACAGUACUGUAAAUGUAUGAAAAAUAUUUUACCAUGGCACAAGUUGAAUGCGAAAUGAAGUGUUUAAGAACUUAGUUCUUUUUUUUCGGUUAAUAGAUCAUACGAGAAGUUGCUAAGAAAGUUGCUCAGAUCCAAAAUGGUAAGUAAGAGAGCUUCAAUCAUACAACUAUACACAUGUCCACAGUCUGUCCUAUCUAGUAUUUGUUUUCACAUUAUUCUACCAUGAUACUGAAAAUGUCACUUAUGUACAGCUGGCCUUGGUGAGUUUAGAAUCCGUGAUCUAAAUGAUGAAAUCAACAAGCUUCUACGAGAAAAGAGGCAUUGGGAGGAUCGAAUCAAAGAGCUUGGUGGGCCAGACUAUGGUGUAAGUGGACUUUCUGUACUAUUUUUCUUGUUGCUGUAAAGGCUUAACCCUUUACAUCCUAACCUCAGUAUGUAUACUCUCCAUACUGUUGUUUAUACGUUUCCUGAGGUGCUGACAAGGAGAAUUUGUUUAACAAUCAAGAGCUUUUUCAGUUGGUGAUCAUUUCCUUUAUUCUCAUUACCUUAAUGUAUGAUUCAGAGGUGAUAUUGUAGGGAGAAGUUAGAUGCGAGUCAUUCUUAAGGGUUAAAGUACACAACACAAAGUAGAAAGUAUACUUUAAAUUAUAAUUUUGUCAAAACCAAAAUUUUAUUCAAUAAUGUGUAAUCAUCGCAUUUAAGAGCUUGGCAGGCCAGACUAUGCUGUUAGUGGAAUUUCUGUAACAUUUCAUUACUCUUUUGCUGGUAUUUGCUCAAAUCAUACUGAACACAAGGUAGAAAGUACACUAUAAAUAAUUAUUUUGUCAAAACCAGAAUUAUAUUCAAUGAUGUGUAGUUAUUGCAUUAAAGAGCUUGAAGGGCCAGACUAUAGUGAAGGUGGACUUUGUGUAAUUUUUUUCUCUUUUGCUGUAUUGGCUUAAACCACCAGUACACUAUAAAUUAUAAUUUUGUCACAACUAAAUUUAUAUUCAAUAUUAUGUGCAAACAAAGUCAUUAUGCAAGUGAAUGUGAUAGACUGACAUUUACAAACUUUGCAAUUUUGUACAAUACAUUACAUAUUAUUUCAUAAAAUUUUGUCACAGUCAACCAGCUUCAAUAUAGUACAGAUUAUUAUAGUUAUACUUAAUAAAUAGAGUUAUAACACAAGUCCGAUAAAAGAUGUAAAUUAACAUACUACAUAUUACAUUUUAUUUGAACUAAAUAAUUAUUAUUGACAAGUAUGAUUUUUACUCAUGACACUAGAUGAAGUACAUUCUUCCAAAGUACCUAUUUUAUUUAAUCUUGAUUUUUGAAACCACUUAUUAUUUUGGAAGUGGAUUGUCUGAUUGAUUUUGAAAAGUAUGUGCUGACUCUAUGUUUUACUAAAAACUGAUCAUUUUCUUAUUUUCCCAAUUUUUUUUUCUUUCAGAAAAUUGGACCAAAGAUGCUGGACCAUGAGGGAAAAGAAGUACCUGGAAAUAGAGGAUACAAGUGUGUUUUAUACUUUUUAUUACAUUCAUUUUGAAAUAGCUGGUGAUCCUUGCAAUCUCAUUGGCUCUCAUCAGUGUAAUUUAUUCAUGAAUCACACCAUUUUUUGCUCUAAAUUGCAUCUUUUUCCCAGUCAUUGGAAAACCUUAAGUAAAACACAACAACCCAUCAGAUGUCAAGGCUUGUUUAUGGUAACCAAUCAAAUUAGAGGACUUAGAAAGAAAGACAACUUUUGUAACUUUUAAAAAAACUACCUCAGUACUGGAUAAUAAAAUAUCCUGUAGUUGAGGGAUUGAAUUUUGUGUUUUCAAAAUGGAUAUAAUCAAGAUCUAAUUGAACUUUGUGUGUUGCAAUUUUGGUCUGAAAUCAUACUUGUGAUUUCAAAUCAAAAUCAUGCUGUGCACUUGUUGGAUUUUGAAAUUACAGGUAUGAUUUCAGACAAAAUUGCACUCCCCUCAGUUCAAGUACCAUUGUAAAUUCCUCAACCUCUAAGAUCCAAUUAGCUAUUCUCCUACAGAGUGCCUUUCAUUCAUUUUUCAUGAAUAACAAAAAGAAGAAUUCAGAGCUGUCAAAAAGAGCCGGUAGCCUGGCAAAAUGGCCAGCUAGCUGCCAUCUUUAGGUGGCUACUUUCACCUCAUUAUCCCAUUAUGGCCAAUAAAAAGCUCAUACAAUUACUAAUUGAAAUACCAUUGAAGAAAUUUCAAAAGUAUCCAUUUCCCAGUUUUGAGUAGAACUGAAUACAAGAUUUACUAGUGUGCAGGUUUAGUUGGGUGAAUCAAUUACACUUUCAGAAUUUGCUUAAAGGCUCUUGCAAACUUUGUGGAAUGCCUUCAGGAGACAUUUGAAGCUAAUAGUUUCCCAAAUUUCCCAAAAUCUAAUGGCAGACUGAAAGAGUCUCAUUUUAAAAAGAUUACAUAUUGGAAUUAUAGUCAGGAGAAUUUGCAUAUUUAUUUAAUAUCUGUUAAGAGUCAGUGGGAUGCACAGUAGCAGUAAGUGCACUGGACUCCAGGUCGAGAGAUCUGAGUUCAAGACCAGGCCAGGUCACUGUGUUGUGUUCUUGAGUAAAAUACUUUCCUCUCACAGUGCCUCUCUCCAUCCAGGAGUAUAUAUGGGUAGCAGCGAAUUAUCCAGAAGCCUGAUGAAAUGCUGGGGGAAACCUUGGGAUGGACUAACAUCCCAAUAGGCUCGAGUACAGACUUUUUUAAAGAGUUAAAUAGCCACCAAGACACUCUCCAGUUUCGAUAAUUGUGAGUUUGAUGCUACCUGUUAUUUUAAUUAAUUUUUGCUUUUUGAUACAAGGUAUUUUGGAGCAGCCAAGGACCUCCCUGGUGUCAGAGAACUUUUUGAGCAGGAACGUAAGUGUUAAAUCAUCCAACAACUAAAACAGAAAAAAUAUGUUUCAUUGUAACUCCUAAUCUGAAUUCUCAGUGGUCACUGAAAACUUUUUUUGUAAUUUGUUUUGUUUUGUUUUUUUUUUGUUUUACAUUACAGCACCAGCACCUCCAAGGAAGACAAGGGGAGAAUUGUACAAGGAUGUUGAUGCAGACUAUUAUGGCUACAGGGAUGAAGACGAUGGAGUGCUGGUUCCCUUGGAACAAGAAAUUGAAAAGGAAGGUAUGUCAAUGGCAAUUUCUGGAAAAGAAAAAUUUAAGUCUUCAACCCUAAAUGUCUGAUCAUUUAAACAAAGUUUAUAGCUGUUGUUUAACAAAACUGCGUCCUAAACAAUCCGUAAUUUAGCUGAACCUUUUAUCUAAACAUUUAUUUUUGUCAACAGUUUUAAAAGGGCCAAACAUUAACAAUGGAAGGAGAUUUAUUUAAUUAAAUCAAUCUUCCUAUUUAGAAAGGUUGAGGCUUACUGAUUGCAUAGAAUCAUGAUUUAAGUUAAAUUGGCCUUAGGGGUGAUAAGAAUCUAAUUUCUCCCAACAGUUUCAUAUCUGAUUGAAACAGUAAGGUGAUGAGAAUAAAGGAAAUGAAAAAAGCUUAAAAUGCUCUUGAUCAUUAGACAAAUUCUCCUUGUUAGCACCACAGGAAAUUUAUAGAGAACAGUGUGGAGAAUAUGCAUACUGAUGUUGAAGUGUAAAGGGUCAACACUGAUGUUGGUGUUUUUUAAUUUUCUUUCUCUUUUGUUUGCAUUUCAAAAGCCAUUGCCCGAGCACUAGAUGAAUGGGAACGAAAGAAAGAAGCAGGAGAACUGGGAACUGAACAGGAGCAAGAGGAAGAAAAUAUAUAUGCUGUCACAAAAGAACAAGAGGUGAAGCAGACUAAUUCCUGCAUGAAAAAAAAAAGUAUAUCAAUCUAUCACUCUAAGACCUAUCACUCAUGAUAAAUAAUUUAAAAAACUGUGAUCUAUGCUGCUAGGCCGCUUUGAAUUUUACAUUUAUAUAUAUUUGAUAUCUUCUAAGCUUAUUUUACAAAGUUCUUAUACUUUGUUCACUUAUUUAUUUAUUUAUCUAUUCUAUACAUUAUGAAUUGAAGUGUGAAUAAUUUUAACUUUACGUAGCUUUGUUAUAUUUUAAAGCGUAAACAGUGUCCUCAAUUAGUUUUCUUCAAGGGAAAUACUAUUUACACUUUAAUAUAGUGAUAUAAUAUAAUUUAAUAUACAAUGCUCAUACUUUUGUUCAAAUACUGACGAAUUCAUUUAUUCAUUUAUUUGUUCACCUACAUAUUUACCCCUUUUUUCGUACAGGAUAGCGAUGAUGACAUGGAAACAGACCAAACUGAGGAAGGAAAUCAACCAUUUGUUGCUCAUGUUCCUGUACCAUCACAAAAAGAGGUUUUAACACUAGCUUGAAUUUUUUUUUUGAUUUUUUUUCAAUUUGUGACUAUCUUUUGUUUGUCGUCGUCUUCGACAAAGUGUCGUCUUCGGUAAAUUAUCGUCUUCGGUAAAUUCUCGUCUUUGGCGAUCUCUCGUCUUCUGCAGAGCUUCAUCUUCAGGAAUGCCUUGUCAUGAAGCAGCUUUGAUUUCAAUUCCUUCUUCCAUUUUUUGUCCAAUUUAACAAAGUGCUAUUUUGCUCUUACAGGUUGAGGAAAUGCUCGUUCAAAGAAAGAAAAUGGUACGACUUUGAUGCUCUCAACUUAAAAACUGCAAUUAUUUUAUUUAGUAACUUCAAUUUACGUGUGACUUUUUCUAUAUUACAUUACCAACGUUAUCAUUUUUAUUUCAGGAACUUCUCGAAAAAUACGCCAGCGAGACUCUUAUACAACAAAGCCAAGAAGCAAAAGCUCUACUCGGUCUCUAACACCAUGCGCAUUCAUUUGUUCACAAUAUCCAACUCAAAGCCGAAGGAGUCUCCUACAAAGGUUACUGCAAUUAAUAACAGGUCAAGUGACAUUUAAAGUUUUCAUGGCAACCAAAAAAAUGAUUGACGUGAACAACAAAGCCUCGCUCCUCGCUCUAGGCCGCAGGAUGUGAAGGGACUUGAAAGAAACUCUGUCAAAUAAGCAACUUGUCACAUAAGAAGGCGUGAUAUUCCGCUGCGAUUGGUUGUUAAAAGCCGACCAAUUACAGAAGAGAAGAAUACCGCAUAAAGUGACGCGUAACCACUCGAUUUAGCUGUUUGUAUAAGAUCGGGAAUAUACAGUCGAAACAUCGCUAUCCACAUCAUAAAUUAUUCCGUCUUAAGACAAACAAUUAUCGUACUUGGUUUUUAUUGUUUCUUCACCACGAUCAACAAACACAAUCUUUCAUGGAGACAUUGUAAAGUAUUUGUAAAUGAAGAGAAGUUCGCAUGUGUAGAAUGAAGUUUAUAUGAAAAACAUUUAAGAGUCACUGAAGUGUAUGGCAAAGCACUUUCAUAUGUACGAC